UGAGCAACGUUUAGUACGAUUAAGACAGUGAACUGAAGAGGAGAGUUUAAAGUGGAUGCUGGAAAAGUCCUUCCCCAAAUGUAUAUUCAGUGCGAAAGGAUCAAUUGAAUGUAUAGUGUGAAUGGUGCAAAUGCGGAUGCCACUUAGUUAAGAUUUAAUUGGCUGUUUGAAAAGGCUCAAUACAAAAAAAUAGCAUUUUCUGUUAACGCAAGCACAUCAAUAGUGUAGCGAUGAGUUCGAUCUUGUGGAGUGAUCUCGUGCCAAAUGCACUUCAGCUAUUGUCCCCGACUGCUUGGAUAGUGAUGCUGACAGUAGCAGCUUCCACCGUUAUCUUCUACCGUCAGCGAGCGGAGGUCGCCAAACACAUCAAUCGUAUUCCUGGCCCCCCUGCGUUACCUUUGCUGGGUAACAGUUUGCAAUGGUUGGUUGAUCGCGAUGAAAUGUUCAGUACGAUCAAUGGCGCAAGGUUACUGUACGGACGGAGGCAAGGAUUUAACCGUGUCUGGGCCGGGCUGAAGCCCUACAUUCUCAUUUCGAAAGCUACUGCCGCUGAGAAAAUUCUCUCUAGCUCCAAGAACAUUGAAAAGGGUCGCGAUUAUGAUCUGCUUAAACCGUGGAUUGGUACCGGUCUGCUUACGAGUCAUGCCGCCAAAUGGCAUCAGCGUCGUAAGAUGCUGACACCUACGUUUCAUUUUAAAAUACUGGCGAACUUUGUUGAGGUUAUGAACAAGCAAAGCUAUGUUCUGGUUCGGCAGCUGGAAAAACAACUUAACAACACCGAAGGGUUUGAUUGUACGAUCUAUGCUACGCUAACUUCGCUGGAUAUUAUUUGCGAAACGGCCAUGGGCUAUCCCAUAGACGCGUUGGAAAAGUCCGAUUCGGAAUACGUGAAGGCACACGAGAAGAUAUCGGAAAUUAUUCUAGAACGGUUACAGAAGUUUUGGUUGCGUUCUGAUUUUAUAUUCCGCUUCACAAAAGCUUACACCGAGCACGAGCAUUGUUUGAAAAUCCUGCACGAUUUUGCUUACAGCAUGAUCCAAAAGCGCCGUGAAAUGUAUCGACAGCGAAAGCAGUCAAUGCUGUCGGAAACUGGAUCCGCUGAUAACGCACCACACAGCGAGGAGGCGCUUGGUCAGAGAAAACAGCUUGCUUUUUUGGAUUUAUUGCUCGAGCUGUCGGAAGAUGGCCAGCUGCUAUCCGAUGCAGACAUACGCGAAGAGGUGGACACUUUCAUACUGGGUGGACACGAUACGACGGCCACUGCACUGGCGUGGAUGUUGUACUUACUCGGCACGGACCAAACCGUCCAGGAGCGCGUCUUCCUGGAGAUAGACGGCAUCAUGGGUGGAGAUAGGGAGCGCCAUCCAACGAUGGCAGAGCUGUCCGAGAUGCGAUAUUUGGAGUGCUGCAUCAAGGAAAGCUUGCGACUGUUUCCCAGCAUUCCCAUACUAUCGCGCACGCUCACUACGGGGGUGGACAUCGAAGGACAUCACAUACCGAGUGGAACGAACGCCGUGAUCAUGCUCUACCAAUUGCACCGAGAUCCUCAGUACUUUCCCAAUCCGGAGAAGUUUUAUCCGGAUCGUUUCCUGCCCGAAAACAGCACCAAUCGCCAUCCCUACUCGUAUAUUCCGUUCAGUGCCGGGCCACGGAACUGCAUUGGACAGAAGUUUGGUGCACUUGAGGAGAAGGCGGUGAUAUCGGCGGUGGUGAGAAACUACACAAUCGAAUCAGUCCACCGUCGGGAAGAUCUGAUACUGUACGGCGAUUUGGUUAUGCGUACCAAAGGCGGUCUUAAGAUACGCAUCCAAAGACGAAUGUUAUAAGUAAAAAAUGCUUACAACUUACAGCUUAU